AUGAAUAAUAAUAAAAUAAUUUAUGCUAAAUUAUUUUGGAUAUUUUUUGUCUUAUUUCAAAUUAUUUUGGCACAACAAGAAUUAGAUCAAUAUCGCCAACUUCAUUGUUCUACACCCGAUGGAUUGACAAAAGCUGGCCCGGAUUUAGCAAAAUGCCGUUUAAUUUUAAAAGAUAAAGAAAUUGAAAAAGGAAGGGAGGCACCGACAGAUGAUUUGGGGUGUUUUGCUGCUAAUGAAAAAUUGAAAGAAGAAAUUAAUGCAAAUAAUAAUAAAAAAACAAAGAAAGCAUUAAAUACUAACCAAAAACAACAAAAAAGAAUUAUUUGUAAUUUGGCAUGUCCGAAUGCUUCUAUUUGGUUUCACAGCCCUAUAGAACAGGGACAUAAAGCUUGUUUUAAAGGACUUGGUUAUGGGGUAUUUUUUUUGGAUUUAAAUAAAUCUAAAUUGAAUGAAUUUUAGUUGGAGGAAAGAGAAAAUGAAUGGUAAAUUUAAUUCUUUUUGGAAUUUUAAUUUUUUAAUGGUCGAAAAAAAGAAAAAUAAUUAUAUAGUUAGAGAUAAAAUAGCGAAAGCUGGGCCUAAGGCUAAAGUAA